UGAACAUACGUGCACCUUAUUAAAUACUUUAAAUUAAACGUGAAAUUACAGGGUUUGUGUCAAAACAAAUACAAGGAGCUAGAAUCUCACCAAGAACCACGACACCAGAGGCCAGGCUGAAUCAAGACUAGAGCUCUACAGAACGCAUGAACGGAAGCAGGUACAGCGAGACAGAGCGGAAGAGGGUGUCUGGAAGUCACAAACAUGAACAAGCUGAAGUCCUCUCAGAAGGAUAAAGUUCGCCAGUUCAUGAUCUUCACUCAGUCCGACAGCAUUACAGCAUUAAAUUGUUUGCAGCAGAAUGAUUGGAAAUUAGACGUAGCGACGGACAACUUCUUUCAGAAUCCUGACAUUUAUGUGCAGAACCUAAAGGGAACAUUGGACAGGAAAAGGUUGGAGCAGCUCUACAUCAGAUAUAGAGAUCCCCAUGAUGACAAUAAGAUUGGUAUAGAUGGUAUCCAGGUGUUCUGCGAUGAUCUAGGUCUUGACCCUGCCAGUGUCAGUGUUCUUCUUAUUGCCUGGAAGUUUCGUGCUGCGACACAAUGCGAGUUCUCCAAGCAGGAAUUCAUGGAGGGAAUGGCUGAUCAAGGAUGUGACAGUAUAGAAAAACUAAAAGCCCAGCUUCCAAAAAUGGAGCAAGAACUCAAAGACCAAGGAAAAUUCAAGGAUUUCUAUCAGUUUACCUUCAACUUUGCAAAGAAUCCUGGACAGAAAGGCUUGGACUUAGAAAUGGCGAUUGCAUAUUGGAAUUUAAUCCUGGUUGGAAGAUUCAAAUUCCUAGAUCUGUGGAACAAAUUUUUAUUGGAACACCAUAAAAGGUCUAUUCCCAAGGAUACGUGGAAUCUCCUGUUAGACUUCAGCACAAUGAUUACUGAUGACAUGUCCAAUUACGACGAGGAAGGAGCUUGGCCAGUUCUUAUUGACGACUUUGUGGAGUUUGCGCGACCAUACAUCGGGACCAAGAGCACAGCGGUGUGAGGAUCUCCAAGGCCUUUUUUCCCCCCCAAGAGCAUCUGUGCGUUGCACAAAAACCAACUCCGUUACGACGGCCCAGUAGAGCACAGAGGACUUUAUUUAAGAUCUGUAUUGCCUUUCCAACCUCAGGAACGAGAUGUUUGUACACAACAAAGACUAUAUAUGGAAAAAGGAAAACGCGUCUCCUCGACAGUCAUUGCAUGGUGGUUAGGGCUUCUCCUUUUUUUUUUUUCAAAUUAAGAAUGGUAUGAUAUAAGGCACUUGUUUUGAGGUAAAGUCCUGGAGCUGAAUGGUCAUCUUCUUGGUUGAGGCUCUCUAAGAAGUGCAAAGGCAUCUUAAUUGACACCCAAGAGUCUCUAUUUUGGGAAUGUGAAUUUUAAAGAAAUGCAGUGGCAUGCAAAAGUUUGGACAACCCUGUGAUAAAAAAUGUUUUGAUAAGGAAAAAUGAGACAAACGAGAUUGGUCGUACAAAUGUAGGCGUGACUGUUCUCCAAACCAGUGUGGAAAACUAAGGGCAGUCUUUUGUUAUCACAUUUGCUUGAAAACAUUUUAGUGAUUAAUAGCUGACUGAAGCACAGAGUUGCUUUGUUUUGCCUAUUAGACCUCCCAGUUAGAAAAGGUGGAAUAAAGACAAUAGGCCUAUUUAAUAUGGGCAGUUAUUCCCUGUACUUUGCCUUGGUUCUGUUUUAGAAAGCGGCAGCAUUGGACCACUAAAGAGCUGGACUGAGCUAAAAAGUGAGAACUUGUCAAAUAGGGGCAAAGGUAGAAGGAAUGAUGUGUUAUGGAUGGCCUACCUUCAUGGUCAGACAUACCAUAGUGGAGAAAUAAAAGGCGAAGUCCCUGUGAAGAUGCAAAAGGCUGAAAAGAUAUCAAAAGGCAUAGGCAACUUAUGGUACGAAUGGGCACAGACCACCUGUAAUGUAGUUUACAACGGAAAAGAACAGCUAAUUGGAAGGAUGAUGUACCUGUUUAAUGAAAAGGUUUGCAUGGGCUAUGCCAAAUCCUAUCUGGAUAGUGCGUAAUGUUGGAAAAACUCUGGGCAGAUGAGAGUAGGUAUGGCAAAGAAACCACUUAAUAGUAGAGGGGAAACUCAUUUCCUGGAAAACAUGGUGGCGGGACCAUCAUGUUCCAGGUCUGUGUUGUUGGCACAGGUACCCAAAUCCUUAAAGUUGAGGUCAUAAGGUCUUCACAAUGAUGGGCAGUCAUUGGCAGUGUUCAGUCAGUCACAAACGUGCAGCUAUGUCUUUGUUGGAGUUAUAGCGGGACUAUAAUCUUGAGUACUUCCACAAAAGAAUCCAUGCACUCCUACCAUGUUCUGGAAUUGCCGUCAGUGUCCAGAAAUAGACAUUGAUUUGAAGCUGAGACACCUGACUGACUGGAAGAAGUUGGCCAAAACGUCAACUGACGUCUGGGAAUUGUCUGUUAUCUACAGUCAAUUAUUGAAAGCAAAAAGAGGCAGUAAUGAAUAUUGAUAUGGUCGUAGUAGUUUCUUUCUGGUGCCCACAUGCCAAUGUUUGUUUGAAUUCACACCAUUUCUCUUGAAUGCAUUCAAAUGAUUUCACUCCUUAAUUGUUUUUGUUUUCCUUCCAUAAUAUGACUUAUGGUUAAGUGAACUUCCUGUGUUGAAAUUAUCACAAAAAGGAAAACUGGUGCAUUAUUUUCCCCAAGGGCUCUCCCAAACUUCUGCAUGCCACUGUAAAUACGUUAAGUAGUAUUGUUACAACACAUGUGGUCUGGUUUUUGAACCAUAAAACACUUGUUGGGUUUAAGUACAAAGUAUCAAAGUAAAACGGGGGGAAUUAUUUUUCUUUUAAAAAAAAAUUACAGUGGGGCAGACUGCUAUAUUGGUACAUGCAGUGCAUCUUGUUUUGGAUAGGAUUGUUGUAAGUGUAUCACUUUUGUUGUCACUUGGGAAAUGCCAUAAUUGUUCAAUAGAUUUUGGUUUGUAAAGAAGAAAAAUAUACUAUGUAUCUUUAUUUCUCAGAUUAUUAACAGCUGAGGAUUUGACAGUGUUGAAAUUUUAGUUUGGUAUCAGACAUUCCCUUAAAGUUUCAAUUGACCUGCAUUGGUGAGUUGAUGUGGUCUUUCGAUCAAGAGCAAUGGGAACCGCUGUCUACACUGGCCAGUCAAAGCUGUUUUGCCCGUAACUGUGUGAGAAACAAAGUAACUGUUUAAUGAAAGUUGUUACUAAUAUAAAAACUCGGCAGAUACCCUGA